AUGCUGCUGGAGGUUGCAAAGCGUAGCAAGAGUGCUGCCGUAAUUUCGCGCAUGAACCUCAUCUUGCCUGAGGUGGCCCGUGCCCAGGCUGCGCGCCAGCUGGAGCUCAGCACGGACACCUCGCAGGGCAAGGGCCAGAUCCUCUCCAACAUCAACGCCUGCCUGGCCGUGCAGAGCACGAUCAAGUCGACCCUGGGCCCCUAUGGCGGUGACCUAUUACUCGUCGAUCAGAAUGGCAAGCAGACCAUUACUAAUGACGGAGCUACCGUGAUGAAGCUUCUGGACAUUGUCCACCCCGCCGCCCGUAUCCUCGUCGAUAUCGCCCGGUCACAAGAUGCGGAGGUUGGCGACGGCACGACAUCGGUCGUCGUGCUCGCCGGUGAGAUUUUGAAGGAGAUUAAGGAGCAUGUGGAGGCGGGAGUCAGCACGCAGAUCAUCAUUAAGGGUCUGAGGAAAGCGGCAUCCAUGGCUGUCAACAAGAUUAGGGAGAUCGCUAUCAACACAGAGGAGGGCGACCGCAUUGAUACCCUCCACAAACUAGCGGCGACCGCCAUGACCAGCAAGCUUAUCAAGCGAAACUCUGACUUCUUCACAAAGAUGGUUGUCGACGCCGUGCUGUCCCUCGACCAAGAUGACCUUAACGAGAAGUUAAUAGGCAUGAAGAAGAUUCCCGGCGGUUCUCUCACUGACUCGAUCUUCGUCAAGGGCGUUGCCUUUAAGAAGACCUUCUCCUACGCUGGUUUCGAGCAACAGCCCAAGAAGUUCAUCAAGCCCAAGAUCUGCUGCCUGAACGUCGAGCUCGAGCUCAAGGCCGAGAAGGACAAUGCCGAGGUGCGCGUCGAGCAAGUUUCUGAGUACCAGGCUAUCGUCGACGCCGAAUGGCAAAUCAUCUACAACAAGCUUGAGGCCAUCUACAAGACCGGCGCGAAGGUUGUCCUCUCUAAACUUCCCAUCGGCGACCUCGCCACGCAAUACUUCGCCGACCGCGACAUCUUCUGCGCAGGUCGCGUCACCUCCGAGGACAUGGAGCGCGUCAUCCAGGCAACCGGCGCCACGAUCCAGAGCACCUGCUCAGACAUCCGCCCCGAGCAUCUCGGCACAUGCGGGAUCUUCGAAGAGCGUCAGAUCGGCGGCGAGCGCUUCAACUUUUUCGAGGACUGCCCAGAGGCCAAGACAUGCACUCUCGUCUUGCGCGGUGGCGCCGAGCAGUUCAUCGCCGAAGUCGAGCGCUCUCUGCACGAUGCCAUCAUGAUCGUCAAGCGGGCGAUCAAGAACAAGACCAUCGUCGCCGGCGGCGGCGCCACGGAGAUGGAGAUCUCGGCCUAUCUGCACCGGUACGCCGACCAGACUGUGCGCAACAAGCAGCAGGCCAUCAUCAAGAGCUUUGCCAAGGCGCUCGAGAUUAUCCCGCGGCAGCUGUGCGACAAUGCCGGUUUCGACGCUACCGACAUUCUGAACCGGCUGCGCGUGGAGCACAGGCGUGGCAACACCUGGGCGGGCGUGGACUUCCAGAACGAGAGUGUGGCCGAUAUGAUGGAGAAGUUUGUCUGGGAACCGGCGCUCGUCAAGAUCAAUGCGAUUAAUGCGGCUACGGAGGCAGCGUGCCUUAUUCUGAGUGUGGAUGAGACUAUCCGGAAUGAGGAGAGCAAGACCCCGCCGGCGCCGGGCAGCAAGCCUGCGCGCGGUGGCGCGGGACGCGGUCGUGGACGGGGCAUGCCGCGGCGGUGA